AUGGUGAGGAGUUUGGUGGUAGAUGGAGAGGGGGGUGGGGAGGGGUGGGGUAGGUUGAGAGGUGGGAGGGGGGGGGGAAUGUGGGGGGGGGGGGGGGGGGGUGGGGGGGUGGGGGGGGGGUUGGGGGGGGGGGGGGGGGGGGGGGGGGGGGGGGGGGGUGGUGGGUGUGUGGGGGGGUGGUGUGGUGGGGGUUGGGGAUGUAUGGGGGAGGGGGGUGGGGUGGUAUGGGGGUUUGGUGGGGGGUGUGGGUUGGGGGGGGGAGGGGAGAUAGGGUUAUUUGGGGUGGGUUUUGGGGUGGGGUGUGUGUUGGGGGGGGUUAGUGGUGGGGAAUGGGGGGAUUUGUUUUUUGGUUGUGUGGGGUUUGUGAGUGUGGGGGGUGGGUGGGUGUGUGUUAAGGGAGUGUGGGGUGUUUAUUUGGUGGGGUUUUUUGUGUGUUGGGGGUGGUUGUUUGGGGGGGGGGUUGGUGUUGGGUUGUUUGGUGUGGGGGGGUGGGGGGGUGGGUUGGAGAGGUUUGUGGUGGUGGGGGGGUGGGGGGGGGGGGGUUGUGGGGGUAGUAUGAUGUUUUUUGUAGGUUGUUUGUGGGUUUUGGGUUGGGGUUUGGGUAGUUGGUGGUGGGUGGGGGUGUAUAGGAUUUUGAGGGGGGGGGGGGUUGUAUUUAUGGUUGGUGGGAGGGUAGGGGUGGUUUGGUUUGGUUGGGGGGGGGGGGGUGUGGGGGUGGUGGUGGAUUGGGGGGGGGGUGUGGGUAUGUGUAGGAGUUUGAGUUUGGGUGUUGGUUUUGGGUGUUGGGUGUGGUUGGGGGGGGUGGUUGGGUUUUGGGGGGGGGUGUGUGGGUGGUUUGGGGGGGUGUGGGUGGUUGAGUUUUGGGUAAUGUGUUGGGGGUGGGGGGUUGUGGUAUUUUGUUUGUGGGGUUUGGUGUUUUUAGGGGGGGGGGUUGGUGUGUUUGGGAUUAGUUUAGUGGGGGGGAUUAGGGGGGUGUGUUGGGGUUAUGGUUGGGUUUUUGGGUGUGGGGGGGGGGGGGGUUGGGUUAGUAGGUUUGGUGGUGUUUAUAUUGGUUUUGGGUGGUUGGUGGGGUGUUUUUGGGGGGGGGGGGGGUUGUUUUUUUGUGUGGGGGGGGGAGUGUGGGGGGGGGGGGGGGGUUGGUGUGUAGUUUUGGUUUGGGUUGGGUUGGGUUGGGGGGUGGUGGGGUUGGUGGGGGGAGUUGUGGGUUUUAUGUUGUUUGGGGGGGUGUUUGUGGUGGGUGGGGGGGGGGGGGGGGGGGGGGGUGGGGUUGGUUGUGGUUGGUUGGUGUUUGUUGUUUUUGUGUUGGUUGUGGUAUUUUUUGGUGGGGGGUGUGGUUUGGUGGGUGUUUUGGUGGGGGGGUGGUGGGGUGUGUGUUUGGGUGGUGUGUUGUUUUGGGGGGGGGGUAUUGUAGGUGGGGGGGGUGUGUGGGGGGGGUGGGUUGGUGGGUGGUUUGUUGUUUGUGUGGUUUUUGGUUGUUGGGGGGGUGUGGUUGGGGGGGUGGGUGUGGUGGUAGGGAAUGUAGGGGGGUGUUGGGUGAUGGUGUGUGGGUGUGGGGGGGGGGGGGGGGUGGGGGGGUGGGGGGUGGGGGGGUGUGUGGGGGGUGUGGGUUUGUUGUGGGUUUGUUGGUUGUGUAUGGUUGGGUUUGUUGGGUGGUUGAGGGGAAUUGGGAUUUUUGGGGAUGUGUGGUGUGUGUUUUGGGUGGGGGUUUGGGGGGGGGGGUUGGUGGUUUGGGGGGGGGGGUGUGUGGUGGUGGGGGGGUGGUUGAGUGUUGGUUGUUUUUGUGUGUGUGUUUUAUGUUUUGUUGGGGUUGUUUUUUGGGGGGGGUGGGGGGGGGGGGGGGGGGUUGGGGGGUGUUUGUUUGGUGUUUGUGGGGGUUGGUGGGGUAUUGUGUGGGGGUGUGUUGGGGGGGGGGGGGGUGUGGUGUGGGGUGUGGGGGGGGGUUGGGGGGGUUUUUGGUGUGUGGUUGGGGGGUGGGGUGGGGUGGGGUGGUUGUGUGGGGGGGGGGGGGGGGGGUGUGGUAGGUGGGGGUGGGGGGUUGGUUGGGGUUGUAGUUGCUGUUGUGGUGGUUGUGGGGUGCUGUUGGGUGGGGUGUUGGGGGGGGGGGGGGGUUGGGGGGGGGUGGUUGGGUGGUUGAUUGGGUGGUUGGGGGUUUUGGUUGGGGGGGGUUGUUUUUUGUUUUGGGUGUUGGUGUGGUGGGGGGGGUGGGGGUGGGUUUUGAUGGGGUUUGGUUGGGGUUGGGGGGGGGGGGGGGGGGGGGUGGGGGGGGGGGGGUGGUUGGGGUUGGGUUGGGGGUGGGGUGGGUGGGGGUUGUGUGGGGGUGUUUUGGGGGGUGGGGGUUUUUUGUUAGGUGUGGUGUGGGUUGUGGGUGUUGAGGGGGGGGGUGGGUGUGGUUGGGGGGUGGGGGUGUUUUAUGUGGGUGGGUUUUGUGUGGGGGGUGGGGGGGGGGGUGGGGUUGGUGUGGGGGGUGGGGGUUGUUGGGGGGGGGGGUGGGGGGGGGGGGUGGGGGGGGGGGGGGGAGGUGGGUUGGUGUGGUUUGGUUGUGUUUUGUUUGGGUGGUGUGGUGUUUUGGGUGGGGGGGGGGGGUUUGUGGUGUGUUUGUGGUUUGGUGGUGUUGGUGUGUGUUGGUGGGGGGGGGGGGGUUUGGUUUUGUGUGUGGUUGGGUGGGGGGGGGGGUGGUGUGGUGUUGGUGGGGGGGUUUUUGUGGGGGGGGGUUUUGGGGGGUGGGGGGGGGGGGGUUGUGGGGGGGGUGGGGGGGGGUUGGGGGGGGGGUUGGUGUGUGGGGGGGUUUUUGUAUUGGGGUGGGGGAGUGGGUGGUUGGGGGGGGUGGGGGAUUGUGGGGGGGGUGUGGGGGGGGGGGUUUUUAUGGUGGGUGGUUUUGGGUGGUGUUUGUUUGAGUUGGGGGGGUGGGUGAUGGGGUUUUUUGAGUGGGUGAAUGAUGGUGAGGAUGGAUUGGUGAGUGUAGGUUUUGGGGUUGGGGGGGUGGGGUGGUUGUGGUUGGGUGGGGGUGUUGGGGGGGGGGUGGGGGGGGGUGGGGGGUGGUUGUUGGGGGGUGUAGGGGGGGUGGUGUAA